CCCCAGAGAGGUAUCAAACUGCGGAGACUGAAGAUAUGGAGAUUCAGCCUGUAAACAAGCCUCCAAGUAAUGGGCCGCCAUUAUUUAAGAGAAAUCCAAAGAGAAAGCAGCCGCAGUAUUCUGCUGAUAUAGUGUUCACAAAAGGGACGUCAAUCCAUACCAUGCCCUCUCUCAGCAAACAGUUGAAGGGGAUCACAGAGUGUAUCAUUGGCCUUCAGUAUGUGUGGGAGUACCGCAGCCCAAGUAAGUCUGUCCCACCUCACUACCAGUGCAAACUCUGUGCCAUGUCCGGCUUGCAGCCUGAUAUGAUUGAGCAUGCGAAAGGCUGGAAACACAGCUACAGAUACAUGAAAAAGGUCCACCCCGACAAGAUUACCUGUAAAGAGGAAGAUGCCAUCAAAGACCCUGUUGUCAGAAAAACAAUUAAAGAAGCUGCUGCUGAAGUGGAGAAGACGGAGGGGAGGGGACAAAUCAAGGUGAUUCUUAAGGAGCCUUUUGAUGUGCCAGGUUUCAAAGGACUCCGUUCUGCUCUUCCGAAAGUUGGGCCUCCAGCACCUGGAGGGAUGGGACCAAUGGGGCCACCUUUCGGUCCCAGGUUCUCUGACCCAGGUUUUCUAGGGGAGUUUCCUCCUCGUGGGGGUCCUUUCCCUGACUACCCAAUGGGUGAAUACAGACAGCCCGGCUUUGGAGGCUACUCAGACAUGGAAGAUUUUCCUGACCCUGGUAUGAAUCCAAGACCAUUCUCAGAUGGUAUGGGUCAUCGUCCAUCUGGGGGUGGAAAUGGAUUUGGUCCAGGUGAUGGGAGACGUGGCGGCUUUCAAAACAGUGGAUUGCUGGAGGAGAAUCCAGGCAAUAUGUAUCCUGACCAGUACCGGAACAACCAGAUGGGAAAUAGACCUAUGGACAGACCUAUGGACAGGCCAAUGGACAGACCGAUGGACAGACCGAUGGACAGGCCCGGAUUAAUGGGAGCAGCUCCAGAAAAUAGCAACCUCUCCCAUACAUUGCUCACAUACCUGGAUAGCUUCCGGAUAGAGAAUGAAAACGAUGCCCAGCUGGUGCUGAAGGUGACACAGAAACUAACAGAUGUGUUGAUGGAGUACAGACUGAGGAGCGUAUCAACGGGCCCUAGUCUCAACAGCUUGAGCUCCACAGGCUUCUCCUCGUCAAUGGCCAGACAGCCAAGCAGUAACGACCGAUACCCAAGUAGUCUCUCAGGUUCAUCAAUGUACACUGAUAGCCAACCCAGAUAUUUCAAAUGACGAGAAAUGUCCGAAUCUUCUGAUCAUCCUGUUCUAUAUGCACAUCACAUCAUGACUAUCCUCAAGUUAAAAAAAUAUAUAGUUUUUUGUUUUUUACACUUUUAAGCAUUUUUCAGUUGCUAAUGUUUUUUUUUUAAACUUCUUUAUAAUAUGGAUAUAUUACUAACUUGGAAGGUUUUACACAAACUUACUUCUUUCCAACAGCUUUAAGUGAUAUGUGAGUGUAUGAUUUGUUAGUUCCCCAGACCCAUUAAAAGUUACGGAGAAUA